CAACACGGUCUCCUUCUGGUAGGGACGGGAGUGGACAGACCAGACCGCCGCCGGAUGAGAACAGCGCCGCUGAAGCUCAGAAGACUGAAACCUUGAAUGCGCCAUAAGCUUGCGUCGCCCGUUCGGCGUACGUCUUCACUUUGCGCCUAAAAUCAGCACGAUGCACCGGUUCAGACGAAGACGUCAAUUGGUCCCGGUGUUCUGACAAUGACACACAACUUCAAUAUCGUUACUUUGAUACUUCGUUCACAAUAUUGUCGAAUGCUCUUCUAUCUCUGUCACGUGCCAUUCUCGGAAUUUGUAUGACUGCACUUCCCUCCAACCGUGCGACUCUUCACUGUCUUAUGGUUAGCUUGCCACAUCGACAGACACCGAAGAACAACGAGCUUCCUUUACGAAUCGAUCCCCCACAAGCCAUAUGGCCGAGCUGACAGCCUUGCUGUGUCAGCGAGCUGAACUGCAGACAGAGCUCCGUCUGGUCAAGGAGCAACUCGCCCAAGCUCAGUCUACCAUCGUGGGCUUCGCCAUUGCUUCCCGCGGCCAUCACCAGCAACAAGACUUUGCGGAGUUCGAGCGUCUGCAGGCUCGGCUAGAUGAUGCUUUGGUGGAGAAUGCUCAGCUGAAGCAUGAGUUGCGUGGCCAACAUGGCAUCAGACGAGGCGACAUUUCCCAGCAGCUACCGGUCACUCAAGCCCAACCUACCGAUACUAGCAGGUCUACCACAUUGACUCAUUCGACGCUGCCAUCAACACCGUCAGAUAGCUUUUCGCCACAGGAUCACUCUGAGGAUCUUCUGAGCUUUGACGAAGAGUUGCCAACAAGCAUUCACAGUAACACUGUGUUCGGGGGCUCAUCGUGCCAGCGCGAAGACAUCGUACGUACGGUUCGUCAUGCAGACGACAGUUCCAGCUCUGUCACAGCGGCUUCUCCGGCCAACGAAGCUGUAUCAGAUACGUGCUGGGGCUCUCAAGUGCUUCCGACUGGGCCGAGAUGGACGUUCAGCCCGCGAGACCGUUCGUUCUUGCUCGGUAUGGCAUGCUACCUAGAAGACAUGAGUGGUGACGAGUACGUUCAGAAGUGGCAUGAGAUCGCGAGAACGAAGGGUAGGUUCAGCGCAGAGGCGUGGCGGGACUUCUACGAAGUGGAGGUUUUUCCAGCUUAUCACAAGCGACAAGCCGCUCAGGAGCGUGGUGUAGGCCAUGGCCUUGUAGAGGGGUCGGUGGACGCCCAGGAUCAAGACGAGGCAUAUCUCGAUAGCCAGCACCGCCAAACUGAUCAUGCCGAUGAUGGAUUCAAGGCAUCACUGGAAGGCAUUAACACUGACUGCGACAAGGUUGUCAACGAUCCCGUCGAUGUUGCAGAAGAUGAGUCGCUCCGCACACAGCCAUGCCUAGGCGAGGACCAAGGCGAACCAGACGGCGACGAUCUGCUCAACCGUUCUCAAAUGGUCCCAAAUAGUGUACAAGGACUUGCCAGUUCCCGCUGGGCACUCAAGUCCACAGCAGUGUCACCGACGGAACCACCACGCUCCAACUCCAUGAAUGCGGGUAGUGAAAUGCAGUCUUUGCAAGGCCUACCUACUCUCGAGGCAUUUACUGCUAUGCAGUUAUCCACAAGCCAAGAGCAGGAUGCUGAAGUUGACAAGCCGGGGAGAGAUGAUGUCAGACCGGCUCCGGAAUGCGCAACCUUGCAAACUAAUACUCGUACAACUACAGUCAGGCCGUCAGCAGCAGGAGGUGAUCAUGGGAUCGGACAUAGGGGGAGGGGAAGGGAUGGCGGCCCAGUCGCAUUCGAAAAAGGCCCUCGUUGCUGCCACUGGCCGCAGGUGGAAAGUCAACUAUGGCAUUCCUACUUCGCAGCCGACCAUGAUCCGCGAGCACUUCGCACAGUGAUGAUCACUGGCAUCCCUCCCAACGUCACGUUAGCGGAGGCACUUGACAAAGUCGUGGGCGGCAGGGUCAUCUCUGCCGUCUACCUUCCAACCUCCGAGAUGCGUGUUGAGCCCGUCCUUGAGACGAACGCGGUUAUGGUGACCUUCCUUGACGCGAGUGUGGCGCAGGCGUACGCAGAGGCUUGCGCGAAGGACUUCAUCUUCUUCUGGUCCGAGUCCUGGCAGGCACCAUUGAAAGCCACAGUCACGCACAUCCAGAUGCCCGUUCGGCUGCCGCACGGCAGGCUGAUAGCGAACAUGUACCGGCAAGAACUCAGCCGAGUGAUUUUCCUGAUCGACGAUGGAACAAACACUGCUCGGACUGUUGUUGAGCGGGCUAUCGCGGCCAUUUACAAUAUCCAAGGCGACGUGUGCAAGUACCCACUCCGCCUGGGCAGAGAUGACGAUGGCUUGUUGUUCUUCGAGUUUGCGAAUGUCGAGGAUGCUGUGCUGGCGAAGCUUGGGAUAGGGAGAUCAUCGGACUUGUGUGCCUUCAGUAAGGGGUUCUUACCUGAUCCAUGUGGAAGGCCAAUGGAGACGCUCAAGCGUAUCGCCCAUGCUUCGAAGCCUAUGUCUGGCGGUGGAGGGGCGCUGUUGGUGGAUAGUGCGGCAAUCAGUCCGCUAUUUUUGAACAACGAUCAAGGACGAGUCCAGUCAACAAAACCCUCGGCAGUCAAGAAGACCAUCGGUUGAGAAGGCAACAUCUGGUCCAUAUGCGGUGCGUUCUCUGGGCACAGCUGUCCUGCCACUCGGA